AUGAUGGAGGACCCAACAGUGCAGAAGAUGGUUUAUCCAAACAACAUGGGUGGAGGCACUGAAUGGGACAGUCGAAUGAUGGACACCUUAAAGAAUUUCGACCUUAAUAGUCCUGCUGUUAAACAACAAUUUGAUCAAAUUGGGCAGAAACUAGGGGAAGGUGUGAAAGGGGUGUAUAUCUCGAUAGACGUGGAUUGUCUUGAUCCUGCAUUUGCUCUGGGAGUGUCUCAUAUUGAAUCGGGAGGUCUUUCUUUCCGCGAUGUUCUUAACAUCCUACACAAUCUUCAAGGUGAUGUUGUUGCUGGAGACGUCGUUGAACUCAACCCACAACGCGAUACUGUUGAUGGAAUGACUGCUAUGGUAGCUGCUAAGUUGGUCAGAGAAAUGGCUGCAAAGAUUGCAAAAUGA